AUGGUUUACUUGACGCGCUUGGUGCGGAGGGUUCACAGAGGUCCAAUACGCAAAAUUUUUUCUUAUCCACUGAAUGAGGUUAAUCCAGUUGUUUUUUUUGAAAUUACAGUGGAAGGGGAUGCAUUGGGCCAGGUAACUAUAGAACUUUUUCAUGAUACGGUACCUAAAACUAGUGAAAACUUCCGUUCACUAUGUACGGGUGAACGGGGUGUUAUUCAAUGCCCUUUGUAUUACAAGGGGAUUCCAUUUCAUCGAAUCAUACCUGGGUUCAUUGUGCAAGGAGGCGACAUUUUGACAAAAGAUGGCCGUGGCAAUGUUAGUGUUUUUGGAUUUCCCUUUUCAGAUGAAAGUUUUAAAGGAAAAGCAGGAAAACAUCUUCCAGGCACUGUCGCCAUGGCUCACAGCGGUCCCAAUCAAAAUGGCUCGCAAUUUUUUUUUAAUAUGAGAAGGAAUGAACAUUUGGAUGGAAAGUACGUUGUAUGCGGACAAGUAUUAGAAGGUUGGGAUCUCGUAGAGCGGGUGGCUGCGUUGUGUGGCUCACGUUGUGGUGUGCCAGUGAGUCGUGCGUGGAUCACGGAUUGCGGGCAGAGCAGCGGUGCAAAGCUUGAGGAAGCACAGAGGGCUCUUUGUGGCGAACGCGCCUUACACUCUAUGCCUGGAAAGGAGGUUUUAGACCUUAUUUCCCCGCGAUACUAG